CAUACUUACUAUGUGGAAUUUUGACACAGAGUGAUCUGUGUCAAUCUGUGUUUAGUUUACGACGGAUUUGUUCAUAAAAUGACAGCGGAAUAAAAUUAAGUAUAUAUCUAUUAUUACAUAUCUGAAUAAAGUGUUCCAAAAACAUAUCUGCUGUUUACAAUUCACCUAUUAUUAUUAUUAUUAUUAUUACACCAAGAGCAGACAACCCGCUUAGCAGGACUUCAACGUCUGGUCGCUAAAAAAGACUUCAACAAUGAAUAACUUCAAAACAGAUCUACAGUUCGGAGAGCAAAUUUGAAAAAACCGAUACCAUCAACACUAAGUAUCUGCAUGUUGACUUUCUUAAUGCGCUCAAAGAUGUCCUUCAGCCGCAUUCAACUUUCAGUGUAAACAGUUGUCGAUUUCCUGCGGGUUCCUCGCAUUUGUUGUUGAUGUAAUCUGCACGAUCUUCGUAUUUGUUUUUUUUUUUUAAUCGCUAACACAUUGAUCGAUGACAUCGAUCUGUAUAUUAACCUUGUAUAUCUGUAUAUUAUUAUUAUCUGUACAUUAAACUUGUGAUUUCGGUGCAGAGUGUGCUGCUCAACAGUGAAAGCCUCACGAACGGCUAAAUACAGUAACGAUCGACAGCCUGAUCAUUGUGAACAGGGAAGUGCGUGUUGACGUCGUGAAUUUGGUUUCUUGAUUGUAUUCUCACCCUGUCCGCGAUGGCCCAGCGCAAGCGCGAGUUCGAUUCGGUGCGGGAGAUGUGGGAGGCCAAAGCGUGCUCGCCGGGCGCGGUGCUGCCGUCGCCCAGUCCCAGCAAGCGCUUCGCCAAACUAUCCCAUCCAGAAGCAGAAACAGACCAGGAGCCCGCACUGCUGCCCGUGUCCGCGGUGGCCUCCUACACGUCGCGCUUCCACUUCACACCGCAGCGGGGAUUGUGGCAGACGCCUGCCGCAGCGACCAGUGUCGCCCGCGUCCAGCCACGACGGGAGGACGGCGCCAGUCGCCAACGCAAUCCAUACAGAUUGAAGUGGAGUCGGCCGUGGAGGUGGAGGCGCGCGAGGGGAAGAGCCCGGCCCCCCAGCGCAGCCAGCAGUCGACGCCACGGACACCGAGCUCGCCGCUGAAGGGCAGUCCGCCAGUGGCGGCGGCCGCCGGAAGUGCUCGAUGGAGUGCGUCUCGUGCUGCGGAGGAAGAAACCUCCAGUGGAGCGGACGCGGAGACUGCAGCGGAAGAAGAGUUGGUGGCUGACGUCCUCCCGUCACCGGAAACGACGGACGACGAGUCGACCGGCGCGGACGAAGAUCAGCCGUCGCUGCCGGUCCCACUGCCCGCCACUCACCCUGUCCAGCAUCACGACGUGCUGACUGACACUGCGGCUGGCGCAUCGGCGUCGUCACCCGGGAUGAGUGAGCGCGGAAUCGAUCUGCAUGUGCUGGACGAGGAGGCAGUGCGAGUGCGCGGUGUGCUGGUUGGCGAGCAGUCACGCGUCUCCAACAACAGCUUGCCGCCCUCAUCCGCCGACGCUGAUCAGCCGGCCAGCAUCCCCACUGUUCCCGCUUUCGCGCCGUCCCCCAUCCGCUCCCGCUCGCCGGACAUUCCCCCGCUGGACCUCAGCCAGGCGCUGGACGAUCCCCAUCCCGUCGGGAAUGUGAAGGACGUCGCGGAGAGCAGUCCGUUGCUCAUGGGGUUGCGCCAACACAUCACCGAUCUGGAAGCGGAGGCCGAGUACCAGGAGACGGUGGCGGACCAGAUCCGCCGCACCAUCAGCGCCGCGCAGAAGGGCUCCGCGCAGACCUCCACCGACCGCUCCAUCAUCAGUGCGCGCGUCGAGGCCGAACGCACGCUCCUCGUCGCCGCGCGCAAACGGAAAGGCUGUCUGGCGCAGGCGCGUCGCAUCCAGCGCGCCAUCGAGCAGUUGCGCAGCGCCGGCGCUGAUCCGUUGACCAUCCAGCCGCUGCAGGAUCCCAGCUACAGCGCCGCGCUGACCUUCCGCGGCUUCCAGCUGGACGUCAGCAGUGAUUUUCUGGCCGAUCUCAAAGCCGACAGCACUGCGGAGUACUUCGUGGUGAUCGUGGUGAUGCUGCUGGAGCAGGUGCACGCCACCGAGGCCCUGCCGCUCUCCGAGUUCGACGCGCGCGGCCGUUUGUUGUUAGGCAAUUUCAUCCAGUUCGUCGACGUGCAGUGCGGCUUCCUGCUGGAAGUGGAGGCCACGCUCAUCCGCGUCGGUCGCCAGCACGCCCCCCUCCAUCCGGCGGCGUCCGCUCCGUCGUCCCAUUCCACGCCGACGCAUGGCGGGAAUUUCCUCAAGCGCGUGAUGGCCGCCCUACCCAAAUCGGCCACCAAACACGCCGACGCUUCCGCCGGAAGUCACAGCGCUGUCGGCUUCCGGGCGUCCGUUAAUCCCGCUUCCAGCGAAUUAGCUAAUGUCAUGAGUCUGGGCAGCGUCACUCUCAACGUGGACAACUACAACCGGAAACGACACGUCCUGUCCGAGGCGUUGUUGGUGAAGGAGUGCGGUGUCGUGCUGGACACGGAGGUGAUGCUGGAUCUGGAGAUUAACGUGCCGCUGGCCGCUUUCCUGACCUUCUACUGCUUCCACGAUCCCGGCUCGCAGACGGAGUGGAUCCGGCGCUGGUGCGUGCUGCGCGGCUCCACGCUGCUCAUGUGGCGCUUCUGCUUCCACCGUUACGCCGUUUAAGUAGCCACUUAAAAAUUUCCUGUUUCAUAACCCUGCAAUCUUAUCAUGUCGGUCUUUCUGCCAUCUAACAGAGCGGUCUCAGAUCUUUACAGCGGCUGCUUUGUGCAAAAUGACAAUUUAGAAUUAAAGCCGUCAGCCAU